GGCGCAUCUAAAAUCCGUGCUUGGCUAUUUUAAGUCCGGCGCCGGACGUCGAAUGCUUUUGUUCAUGCGCCUUCAUUCUUUGACUGUUAUCGUACACACACCAUGCAAUCGACUACUCUGCGUGUAGCAUCAAAUGCGGCGCGCGCAUGGCGUUUUAGAUCCUCAAUAGGACGCCUGGCGGAGCCUGCAGUCCGUCAUAUAGGAUCAUCUACAUCUCGACCAGCGACGGCACUCCCCAUCACCGCCACCGGUCCACCUCCCAGCGCUCCCAUCCCUACUUCAUCACAGUAUGGCGAUCGGGUCGACGAGCGUCGUAGAAAAGCAGAGCUCCUUCAGAAGGGGAAGGAAUUGCGAAAUACAACACAGACUGGAAAGAAGACGAGUCCAUUGAAGAAGAGGUUCUGGAGCGAUGUUCACGUCAAGGAAGUUCCCGAGGGAUAUCAAGUAUUUCUCGACACAAGACCUGUCCGGACACCAACGAAAUCCAUCCUCACGGUUCCUCGGUCAAAGCCACACUUGGCACAUGCUAUUGCGAUCGAGUGGGACAUGCUGGAAAAUGCUCAACAAGCAUUGAAGAACCACAAUAUACCCAUGACUUCGAUAGUGGCGAGGGCGCAAGACACAAUGGAGGCCGAAGCUCGUGGGGAUAUGACAGUAAGAGAUGAAAUCAUCAACUUCAUGAUGCGCUAUCUGGACACGGAUACGUUGUUAUGCUGGGCGCCGGGACAAUCCUCGGAGACCGCUACGAGUUUGGAGAUGCAGACGGCCCGGAAGACCACGCUACGAGAAUUGCAAAUCCAAACAGCGAUGCCGAUCAUAAGCUACCUCAAGACGUCAGUAUGGCCCGGCGUCGAGAUCAGGCCAGUGCUGGACGAACAUAGCAUCAUGCCCGUGAAGCAAUCGGAAGUCACGAGAAGUGUGAUUCAAGGCUGGAUUGCCGGCCUUCCGGCGUGGGAGUUAGCAGCUCUAGAACGGGCAGUCUUGGCGGGCAAGAGCGUGCUCAUCGGCACAAGGCUGCUGAUUGAUUGGAGUGAAGAGUUCCGGGACCUACAACGCAGCAGCGAGAAGCGCUUUGGUAUCGAAGAGGCUGCUGAAGCGGCCAGUCUUGAAGUCAAAUGGCAGACUGGUAUGUGGGGAGAGGUCGAAGACACACAUGAUGUUGACAACGAGGAUAUAAGACAGCAAUUCGGAAGUGCAAUUCUGCUGGUCAGUGGACAUAGAUGAGCAGAUGCCUCUAUUCCACGUAGAAUAUAGAUAUAAAUGCAGCCACGCAGCGAGCCUGUUACCAAAAAAGUGGCACCGUCUGACAGGACGUAUAUCAAAGACACAAGUUCCAAGUCAAACUUGUGCACAACAGCGGAUGCCUCGACAGCAAGACAGAAGCACUGUACGGUAGAGCUGAUGGUUUCCCCUGCCCAAGGCCCACGCUAUAUCGUCGUGUGUGGAGGACUCU